CGGAGCUAUCAACACCGAAAAUAUAAUAAUUAUCGCACUCCGUGUAAUUUCUCUAUUUAAAUUCGGUGAGAGAUUUUUUUAAAAAAAAAAUCAAUUUUGUGGUGCAAUAACUCAUCUCCUUAUUUGAUUCCGCAAAAUUCAUCAAAUUGGUUUAAAACAAUUCAAUUUAAAUUAAAUUGAACAAAAAAAAAUUCGGUAAAAAAAAAGAAAGAAGAAAAUUUUUGCAUUUUUUCGUACACAGAAAAUAAAGGAAGAUAAAAAAGGUGUGCAUAAAAAGAAGGAAAAAAUUUGUGUAUGCAAAAGAGAAGAAAAAAAAAGAAAUAACGCAAAAGAGAAGCAAGGAAAAAAAUUGUUAUUGUGUUCAAAAAAAAUUCUUCCUUAAAAAAUAGUUUUAAAAAAAAACUUUAAGAUCAAAAAGGAUUUUCAACUGCAAUGCGUGAUUUUUGCCUCAUUAACAACAACAGUACAAAGAUGGCCGAGCUCAAAUUUGAAGCACCAUUGGCACAAUUUGAGGAAUCUGAUGAAUGGGGACCGAUUGACUAUCAAUCAGUCACACAACCAGCUAAUCCUGUCGAUUCACUCAAUUACUUGAACAACUUAAAGGAAAACCUUUUAACGAUCGAUAAUAAUAAUCUCAAUAAUAAUAAUAACAAUAAUAACAAUAAUAAUAAUACAAUUGAAAAUUUAAAAUUGAAUGCAACAAAUAACAUUAACAAUAACAACAUAAAGAAGAUUCUAACAAAGGAUAAUAUUGAUAACUUUAAUGAGGCAUUUACCGGCAGUUUGGAAGACUUAGUCAAUACGUUUGACGAGAAAAUUACAAAAUGUUUUGGAAAUUAUGAGCAAUCAGUUGAGGAAUUAGCACCGGUUCAAGUUCGCAGUCAAGAAGAAAUCAUGAACGAAUGCCAGAUGUGGUGGACGAUUACAGGCAAUUUUGGUAACAUUUUACCCAUUGAUUGGUCUAAAUCUUUUGCAAAACAAAUGCACGUUCCAGCAUUAAAAUUGAACGAGCGAGCAGCAAUAACGCCCGAUGACGAAAUUCAAGAUUUAAGUUCGGAGGAUGAGGCAGUUGCGAAUGACUUGGAUUUACAUCAAUUAAUACUUGGCGGCAUGCAAGCUGAUCACGGACCUAUUCAGACAGCUGAGGAAGUGAUGAAAGAGAUUGAUGACAUAAUGGAUGAGCACACACCAUCGGAAGGUGAUGUCUUGGAGAGUGAGGUAAUGGAAAAGGCAAAAGAAGUUCUCGGCUCACCAUUAUAUGAAGACAAAUUAAAGGAAAUGACGAUAGUACAGUUGAAUGAUCUCUAUAUGGAAAUGGAAGUUCUAAUUCGUGAAUUUUCUGAAACACUUAUAUCGGAGCUUGCACUUCGUGACGAAUUGGAAUACGAGAAAGAGUUGAAAAAUACAUUCAUUUCAUUAUUGCUCGCUGUACAGAAUAAGCGGCGCCAAUAUCAUGUAGAAAAGAAAAAGGGAAAAAUGCAAUCAUCAAUGACGUCAUCGACGCAAUCGUUAAAUGGUGGACAAAAUGGCACCAGCCCAAGACCAAAUGGUCUCGGUGUGAAUUCAUCAACAGAUCCUAAAUAUUUAACUACGGUCAUUCCGUAUCAUUUAGAUGCUGGACCUCCUGAGAAUCAGGCACUACAAGUGCUUAUUAAAAUUUUGAAAGCCAUAAAUGAGGAUAGCCCAACAGUUCCAACUUUGCUAACCGAUUACAUAUUAAAAGUCCUGUGUCCCACGUGAACGCAACUUAAAGAGCUUACACUAACGUAAAAGAAAAAGUGAAGAAAAUUUCCAAUUUAUGAUUUUUCGGUGUUCUCUCUAAAUUCUAUUAAUUGCAAUUAAUUGAGAAUGAAAAACUCAAGUUGAUUGAUUAGUCAUAUACCACUGAAAAAAUGAGUUGUUUCCUGUUUCCUAUUUCCCUGUCCACUCCCUUCAAAUGAGAAAAAUUAUAAUCAUUAUGAAGCCUAUCAAAAAUUCUAUCUUAACAAUAUUAAUUAACAUUAUUAACUUCAAUGUGCUUUCUAAAUUAAGAAAGAAAAAAAAUGUUUGAAUGAUAAGCAGCCUUUAUGCCUAGUAUAAAAUUCACAUUUACAUACAUACGAACUUAUUUGCUCAUUUAUCUGCACGCACCUUAAAUUUUUUUCUUCUUUUUCUUGAAUUAAUAAUUAAUUAUUUUCCCCAAUACGGCAAUGUCUUACAUAUGAGUGCUUGUGAGCAAUACAACAUUAAUGGUAGUUUAAAAUUUAAAUGCAAACCAAUUUAAAUUCAAAUUAUCCGUUAAAAGCCUCUAAAGCUAAAAAUGAACAGACAUUAAAGUUUUCAUCAUUACUAAUUCCCUUCACAAAACGAAAAAUCGAAGUUAAAAAACAUGUUGAAUUUUUUUUAAUUUUUUAAAAAAUGGACUGUGUGAUAUUAUUUAAUUAUAAUUAAAGUGAAACAAACAAAAAUGCUGAUAAUUUUAUUUAUUUAAGUUAAUAAGUUUUAAGUAUCGAUUUAUUGUAUAUUUGCACCUGAGCAGCCUAGCUUGGACGACCAUACAAAAAAAAACUCUUUCUUUUAUGCUCUUUUGUUUUAAAAGCAAACAAAUAAAAUUCGAAUGACUGAAAUGAGUUAUGAACUCGCGAUAUGAAAAAAAGUAGGAGAAAGAAAGAAAGCAGUCAUGCCAUAUGUAAAAUUUUAUAAGUUAAGAAUGUGAGUUAAUUAAUUUGCUCUCCUUUUGUAAAUAGCAGAAGAAAAUUGAUAAUCUAUGAGAAGUAUUGACAAGCUUUACAAGUCGCAAUAUCAAAGUCCUCAAAACAGUUAUUAGUUCCGACAAACAACUAGAAAAAUUGUUAAAGAUAUUUAUCAUAAAGAAAUAGUGUCCAACAUACGACUUAUGAAUGUGUUCAGUAAAGUUUUUUGAUAGUAAUAGAGUUGUAGCAUUUUAAUCCUUGUUGCUGACAAAGAUCCAGCUUAUCAAAGCUUCUCAUAUCGACCUAUUUACUUUCCUCUUUAUGUAUCCUGCAUUUUAUGAAUGAAGCAGUUUGUUGCUUUAUUUUCUCAUACAAAUUAAAGUCAUUUUGUGGUUCAGUUGAUAUUAAAAGCUGGCUAUAGCUGCUUUCGACAUUUCGAAUUAGUUGGAUGUUCUUACACAUUUAAGAACGUAAAAAAGCACCAAUUUUGGCAAAGCAUCUAAAUUUCGAUCCCACAAAACAUUUUUGUAUGAGAAAACACAGCUAAAAUUGCAAUUAAAUUAAAAUUAGAAAUGACACAAAAAGUUUGUAUAAAGGACGUAGUCAAGAAUGCUAAAAAAUUAUUCACAUUAAUUACACACAUAUUAUGUAAAAGCAUGAAGAUAUUAGAUUUGAUGUUAAAUCAUUCGCUAUAAUCAUGUAGAUCAAUAAAGCGCAAAAUAAAAUUCUUUAAAAAAAUCCUUUUCUGCAUUUUACAUGUUGUCAUUAAGAGUUAUGAAGUGAA